CACAGUUGUUAAACUGGGGGGAACACUUUGCAGCUAUGAUAAGUUAAGUUGCUCAUUUAACAUUUUUGCACAAGAUCCAAAGUUCAAGGAAGUAUAUCAAACGUUUCACAGUGGUUUCUCCCCUGGUAUUUACCACGCAAGUGACUUAUGUUCAAGUGCUUCCUGCUGAACUGUGCUCAGUAUGUGCGUGGCAGAGACAGAGAGAACAACGGUCUACCAAUGUCAUAGUGAUUAUUCUUUAUUUUGUGCCCUCAAAGUGACAGAACUUCCUUGUUGAGAAUUUUGUGUCAUUGAUAGGAGGGACUGCUGCCAUGAAUGAAACCUGGAAUUGUACUGUCAACAGCACAGAUGUUCUGCCAGAUCGGUACAGGUACACCUUACUGGCCAUGUACACCGUGAUCUUUGUUGUCGGCAUCAGCAGUAUCGCACUCAUGAUUGAUACGCUGAAGUCCAGCGGGCGAUCGGUCACCACCAUGGCAGUGCUCAACUUGAUAGCCGCACACAUACUGUUCCUGCUGACUGUGCCCUUCCGCAUAUACUUCUACAUCUGCUGCCACUGGGAUUUGGGCAGCGGGUUUUGCAAGUUGAUCAGCGCGAUGAUCCAUGCGCACAUUUACAUUGUCUUCAUAUUCUACAUCAUCAUCCUGGUCGUGCGGUACAUCACCUUCUUCAGCCGGAGGGACAGACUGGAGUUCUACAGGCGAGUCCACGCUCUGGCGGCCAGUGUGGCGAUAUGGGUGGUCAUCCUGGUAGUCAUUUUUCCGGUGACUUUAGUAGAGUAUGGCUCAGACACAAAAAAAGAAAAAUACCAGUGCUUUGACUAUGGAAAUGCUUUGCGUGGCAAGGGAGUCGCCAUUAUAAACUACCUUCUUUGUGCCGUGCUGCUGCUGGUGACUUCCUUGCUCCUGGCUGUCCAGCUUUGGAUACUGGGGAUGAUCUACAAAAAAUAUGGCAACACAGCACUGAGUCACCAGGAGUUCUGGGCUCAGGUGAAAAGCCUGUGCUUUGUAAUGGUCAUAUUAAUUUGUUUUGCCCCUUACCAUGCUUUCCGGAUUUAUUAUGUGACCAUUAUAUUCUCGGAGGCUGAUUCCCAUCUGGAGCUGCAGUGGAAUAAUGAGAUUUUUCUGGCUGUGACAGCCUUCAGCUGUUGGGAUAUGCUCAUUUUUGUUAACACAAAGCGUUGGAGCAGCAUUCAGUCUCGAUGUGCUAUUUGUCGGUAGAGUGGCUAGAAUGCAUACUUUGAUAGUUCCUCUAAGAUGCAUUAGCAGUAAGGAGCAAAAGCUGUACUGUUAUUGGUGCCACAGCUACUGUCCCACGCCACUCGCCAAUACGGUCAUGUGCCAUGUCUACUGUCCCACGCCACUCGCCAAUACGGUCAUGUGCCAUGUCUACUGUCCCACGCCACUCGCCAAUACGGUCAUGUGCCAUGUCUACUGUCCCGUGCCACUCGCCAAUACGGUCUUGUGCCAUUUGUCUACUGUCCCAUGCCACUUGCCUAGGCUGGGUGAACCCUGCCUGAUCUGACGGCAAUUUCUUUUUUGCCCUGCAGCUCAGGCAGGCAAACCUGUGCAUCUUUUUCUGCUGCUUCCGUUACAAUUUUGCCGGCGCGCUAUUGGCAGGUUCAAAACGAUGACGAUAGCGGGAGAGCCUGGAGUUUUCGCGUCGCUCUGCAAACGUCACCCGGUUCGUUGGUCAGACUGGUGAAUGACUAUUCAAUUGCGCACAUUUCAUUUCAUGAGUCAUUUGAACUAUGCCUGUUGAUCACGCCUCUUGUGCAGUAGAAAAUACAUAGUGGACUCCCCAGACCAAUAUUCAAUCUUAAAAGAUUGAGCUCGGUCUGGUGAAAGCCAGACUACCACUUGCCUACUGUCCCAGCUGUUCUAUGGGUUAAGGUAGAGUUAGGGCGCGAGACAGUAGGCGAGUGGCAUGGGAUAGUGGCGCAGUACAGUAGGCGAGUGCCACAGUACAGUGUCGUGGGACAGUUGUCAAGUGACACGGGACAGUGGCGUGGGACAGUGGCAUGGGAUAGUGGCGCAAACCACCAGCAACAGUACAGUACAAUAUUUGCUUCUACUACCUAGUAUACCCAAGAUGGUAUAUUAGGUAAAAUGACAUUUUACAUUCAGUUGGUAGGCUACUUUAGUGUAGUUUAACAAACUCAAAACAAACAGACUGCAAAUAGUGAUCAACUUGUGCUGAUUUGGAGUGUCAAAGUUCAAUCUAGAUUAAACCACACCAUCAAAGAACAACAUCUCAAAUUGAUUGUGAGGAAUUCCUUGCAAUGGGUUUCAUAUUUUAUCCCUUCUCAUUGUGAAUGCUCUAUACUCUCUGAUGGGAGUCUAUUUUUGAACAAUGGCAUGACAUAACAUACAGUAAUGCCACGUCUGUCCUGUCUGUGUCUUCUGAAUGGACCCUAAGUCUGGCAAUAAUGUUGAUAAUUAUGAUGAUAAAGAUAACAAAUUGAGGUUGGCUAAAAUGAGGAGAUGAUCUGUAGAAAUCAAGUACAGUAUAUCGUCAGUAGUUACAUGUUUGCCUUUGUCCAAAUCUCAAUCCAGUUAUUCUGCAUGCUGGGCACAUAUAGACAGCAUUACCAAUUAGAUAUUAGAUUUCUGAGAGUAAUUAAGAAAAAUGAAUUGUUUACAUUUUCUGUAUUGUAACAUUUCUGUCAUUCUGUCAAGUAUAAAACAAAAUGGUUGCUUUUCUGGUGCUUUACAAGUGGAACAUUUAUAUAAACAUAUAAAAGAAUUUACUUUCUCUGACAGGCCAGAUAAAUAGUUUUUCAAGUAUUUAAUGCUGCUUGUUUCAUUUUGUAGACCGUUUCUCUGUUGCUUUUAGGAGCUAAAAGCAGUUCAAACUAACUGAUGCUUGCUAUCCAUUAUAUAGUAGUCCUCCUUUCCAUAAGUGUUCCAUUGUGUCUUAUUUCAAAUACUGUAUAUCACACAAAUGUAACACACACACACACACACAUACACACACACACUUUGUGUAAUCUAGAAUGGGAACAAAUGGUUAAAUGGUUCAGUGCAAUUUUAUUGAAGUGAUAA